UUUUUUUUUAUUUUAUUUCCAUUCUCAUUCUCAUUCUCUUCAACUCUUUCAAAUUCAUCUGAUGGCCACUUUGAAACAACAACCACUACAUACUCGUCGACAAUAUGCUUCUUCACCCCCUUCGCCAAGACUACUAACUAGGGCCAACUCCGAGUUCUAUACUGCGCCUGUUUUCGACGAACCCAAGCGGAAGAGCAAUGGUCUCUUACCUUCCCCAACCACCUUGGAAAUCAAAUCACUGCCUCUCUCAGAUCCUCUUGGCAAUGACAAUGGCAAUCGCAAUGGACCUAAAGGUACCAGGACUGGCUCAGACCCAACUUCGCCCAUUCUCGCCCCUGGCAAAAAACCAACUGAGUCUUAAUCUCGCCAAAAGUGAUGAAGAAGACGAAGAGACCUAUGAAAUCGUCAGAAAGUCCUUUGACCAAGCUCCUCAACCUUUCAAGGUCACAGGUAUACCCUUUCGAUCAACAUCAAAGAAUGCCAAUUUAACAGAGAAUGAACUACGGGGUAUGGCCAUCUUGAAACAGCAGCUCUCCAUGGAGGAGCUCUCAUUGAGUCGAGAAAGCUCGCCUGUGCCGUCUUCUUCAGCAACUGAGGCGACAACCAGGGCGUUCAUCAACCGAAUCGACGAACUCAAUACACUUACCAACAGUCUGCAAAUCAACCUCAACGAUGCACUCGAGGAGCAACAAAAUAUCAGGGCCGAACGUGAUCGUCUUCUUCGGGCUAAUGAAGAACUCAGACACCAAAACCAGGAUCUUCAAUCAAAAAUGACUAAACUGGAUAAAGACUAUGAGGUCAUGUCUAAAAACUUUUUUGAACACGUUCGGAUGAUCCGUGCAACAGAUGAUGAUCAUUCCACAAUCAAUGAACGCCUGACCCAUCUCAAGGCCGCUAUUGAGCAUUUAAUCCGCAAGACCCAAGGCACUCGUUCAGUCAACCUUAACAGGACUGCAGCCAUCAACCACUUCAGAGCCAGUGGACUAUUGGAUGAUUUCCCUCUGGACGAAUGUACUCUGGAGCCUUUCCAUUUGAACCUUUAUAUGGAAUCAGUCGUGAUGUCUGCGCUCGUCAAAAACUUUUUUGACAAGCCCCUCUGCUGCGUCUUUGAUUACAACAAGGGAUUCAAGGAAAUCUACGAUUGGAUGUACAAACGAAAUGACAGACUUGCAGUCCGUUGGCGUCAACAGCUCUGUGUGAUGAUUACUCAGGAUCCAGAGACUAAGGCCCGACAGGAGGCAGCUGUGACAGCAGCAGCCAGUGCGCUGAAUGAAAUUAUCUCCAGAGUCUAUACCAACGCAAACGAAGGCGCCAAAAUCCGUGAUCUUUGUAGCAAAGCCUUUGAGCUUGCUGUAGCCAUGACAGGGCUCGAAAACGUCAUUGCUCCUGUCUCAGUUCCUCUUGGUAUACCAUUUGAUGAGGAGACCAUGGCAACAUCACUCAAGAGUAACCCAGCGGGCACAGUGGCCCUGGUGAUUUUCCCAGGAUUUAAGGAUUCUGUGAACGCAUUUAACAUUGGACCAAAGGUCUGGUGCUACUAGUACGAGGGGAAAACAAGAA